AGUUCACAAAGAUGAAGUGUCUAGUCAUCUUCACCGUAGCAGUCCUUGUAGCUUCCUUAGUUCCAAGCACUGGAGCGUUCGUCGUAGGAAGGAGCAACGCAGAAGCAAAUGCAGUGGCUAACGCUAACGUUGGAACCAAUCCAUUUGUUGGAACUGAAGAAUCGUUAAACUACAAGACAUCGACACAAUCCAAAGCAUCUUCAAAAUCAGAGUUCUCUUCAAGGACUGAAGGAUCGUAUCAAUUCAAAGCAGGAGGAAACUCUCAAGGUCUAGCAGGUGCUGAAGCUGGAGCUAUAUCACAAGCAGGUGCCCAAAGUAAAGGAGGAUCACAAAUCGGAGGACAGGUAGGAGCCAGUGCAAGAUCUGAAGCAGGUGCUCAGAGUAAAGUAGGAGGUCAAACUGGAGGACAGGCUCAAGCUGGAGCUGCAGCUGGUGCAAAAUCACAAGCUGGUGCUCAGGGUAAAGUAGGAGGUCAAACUGGAGGACAGGCCCAAGCAGGAGCUGCAGCUGGUGCAAAAUCCCAAGUUGGUGCUCAGGGUAAAGUAGGAGGUCAAACUGGAGGACAGGCCCAAGCAGGGGCUGCAGCUGGUGCAAAAUCACAAGCUGGUGCUCAGGGUAAAGUAGGAGGUCAAACUGGAGGACAUGCUCAAGCUGGAGCUGCAGCUGGUGCAAAAUCACAAGCUGGUGCUCAGGGUAAAGUAGGAGGUCAAACUGGAGGACAGGCUCAAGCAGGAGCUGCAGCUGGAGCAAAAUCCCAAGUUGGUGCUCAGGGUAAAGUAGGAGGUCAAACUGGAGGACAGGCCCAAGCAGGGGCUGCAGCUGGUGCAAAAUCACAAGCUGGUGCUCAGGGUAAAGUAGGAGGUCAAACUGGAGGACAUGCUCAAGCUGGAGCUGCAGCUGGUGCAAAAUCACAAGCUGGUGCUCAGGGUAAAGUAGGAGGUCAAACUGGAGGACAGGCUCAAGCAGGAGCUGCAGCUGGAGCAAAAUCACAAGCUGGUGCUCAGGGUAAAGUAGGAGGUCAAACUGGAGGACAGGCUCAAGCAGGAGCUGCAGCUGGAGCAAAAUCCCAAGUUGGUGCUCAGGGUAAAGUAGGAGGUCAAACUGGAGGACAGGCCCAAGCAGGAGCUGCAGCUGGAGCAAAAUCACAAGCUGGUGCUCAGGGUAAAGUAGGAGGUCAAACUGGAGGACAUGCCCAAGCAGGGGCUGCAGCUGGUGCAAAAUCACAAGCUGGUGCUCAGGGUAAAGUAGGAGGACAAACUGGAGGACAGGCUCAAGCUGGAGCUGCAGCUGGUGCAAAAUCCCAAGUUGGUGCUCAGGGUAAAGUAGGAGGCCAAACUGGAGGACAGGCUCAAGCUGGAGCUGCAGCUGGUGCAAAAUCCCAAGUUGGUGCUCAGGGUAAAGUAGGAGGCCAAACUGGAGGACAGGCUCAAGCAGGAGCUGCAGCUGGUGCAAAAUCUCAAGUUGGUGCUCAGGGUAAGGUAGAAGGUAAAACUGGAGGACAGGCUCAAGCAGGAGCUGCAGCUGGUGCAAAAUCCCAAGUUGGUGCUCAGGGUAAAGUAGGAGGUCAAACUGGAGGACAGGCUCAAGCUGCAGCUGGAGCUGGUGCAAAAUCACAAGCUGGUGCUCAGGGUAAAGUAGGAGGUAAAACUGGAGGACAGGCUCAAGCAGGAGCUGCAGCUGGUGCAAAAUCACAAGCUGGUGCUCAGGGUAAAGUAGGAGGUCAAACUGGAGGACAGGCUCAAGCUGGAGCUGCAGCUGGUGCAAAAUCCCAAGUUGGUGCUCAGGGUAAAGUAGGAGGCCAAACUGGAGGACAGGCUCAAGCAGGAGCUGCAGCUGGUGCAAAGUCCCAAGUUGGUGCUCAGGGUAAAGUAGGAGGCCAAACUGGAGGACAGGCUCAAGCUGCAGCUGCAGCUGGUGCAAAAUCACAAGCUGGUGCUCAGGGUAAAGUAGGAGGGAAAACUGGAGGACAGGCUCAAGCUGGAGCUGCAGCUGGUGCAAAAUCCCAAGUUGGUGCUCAGGGUAAAGUAGGAGGCCAAACUGGAGGACAGGCUCAAGCUGGAGCUGCAGCUGGUGCAAAAUCCCAAGUUGGUGCUCAGGGUAAAGUAGGAGGCCAAACUGGAGGACAGGCUCAAGCUGGAGCUGCAGCUGGUGCAAAAUCCCAAGUUGGUGCUCAGGGUAAAGUAGGAGGUCAAACUGGAGGACAGGCUCAAGCUGGAGCUGGUGCACAGGCUCAAGCUGGAUCCAAUGGGGGUACAAGAGCACAAGGAGUUGCUGGAGCGCAAUCUAAUGCUGGAGUGAAUAUCCAGGGAGGUUCUGCAGCAGCUUCCAGUGGAAGUUUUGCUCUAACAAUGUAA